GCAUCCUCUGUUCCCUCUUUCCUCCUACUCUCUUUAUUCUCUUACGUCAAAUCUUCUCCUCUGUUGUAUAAGAUGCAUCCAACUUCAAACCUUUAUUUUCCUUCGUCUCCUACGCUCCUCUUCUUCAUUCUCACAUUUCUUCCUCUCGUCAAACCCUAAUCCUAACCAAUUUCACUUUCAUCUCCAUCGGCGAAGUAGAAAACCCUAUCACAUAACCUUUACAUUGCCCUAACCCUAAUUCAAUUACAGCCAAAGACAGAGAGCGAGGAGGAGCUAGGGUUUUGGUGGGAUCCAUGGCUGCGCAGACGGUUGUAAACAAUCUUUACGAGACGGCAUCACAGCCUGAUACAGGCGGAGACGCCUAUACCUUCCUGGAAUUCAAUACGCAGGGUGACGACUAUGACUAUCCGGAAUUCCGAGAAUUAUCACAGCCGAUCAGGUCGUCCGUGUGGCCUCCAACGCCGGAUUCUGUGUCAGAUUCUGCUGACCGUGGUGUCGACCUUCAAGCCGAUGGUGGCGCUGUUUCUUCUGCUCCUGGAAGUGUGUUGAAGGGUAGAGGCGGAAGCAGUAGCGGCAGCGGCAGCAAUCAGGCUACGGUGGAUGCCAUAGCGUCAGGAAUGAGUGGUCUGAGCUUCGAAGAGACCGGUGAGGAUGAGAAUUACGAGUAUGGGAAGGGUGAUUUUACGGAGCAUGCCUGUCGGUAUUGUGGGGUCCAAAAUCCGGCUUGUGUUGUUAGGUGCAACGUGCCGUCAUGCCGGAAGUGGUUCUGUAAUUCGCGGGGGAACACUUCAGGUUCUCAUAUCGUCAAUCAUCUGGUUAGAGCAAAACACAAGGAAGUUUGUCUUCAUAAAGACAGUCCUCUGGGAGAAACAAUUCUUGAAUGCUACAACUGUGGUUGCAGAAAUGUGUUUCUUCUUGGAUUUAUUUCUGCGAAGACAGAGAGUGUUGUUGUUCUUCUUUGUAGAGAACCUUGUUUGAGUGUCAAUGCAUUGAAGGAUAUGAACUGGGACUUGAGCCAGUGGUGUCCUCUUAUUGAUGAUAGGUGUUUCUUGCAGUGGCUUGUGAAGAUCCCAUCUGAACAGGAGCAAUUGAGAGCACGCCAAAUUAGUGCUCAACAGAUAAAUAAGGUGGAAGAGCUUUGGAAAACUAACCCUGAUGCCACUCUUGAAGAUCUUGAGAAACCUGGAGUGGAUGACGAACCUCAACCUGUAGCCUUGAAAUAUGAAGAUGCAUAUCAGUAUCAAAAUGUAUUUGCACCGCUUGUCAAACUUGAAGCUGAUUAUGAUAAAAUGAUGAAGGAAUCACAGAGUAAAGACAAUGUAACCAUACGGUGGGAUAUUGGUCUCAACAAGAAACGCAUUGCAUACUUUGUCUUCCCAAAGGAAGAUAAUGAAUUGCGGCUGGUACCUGGUGAUGAGUUGCGGCUUCGUUAUUCAGGUGAUGCAACUCAUCCAGCAUGGCAGUCUGUGGGGCAUGUGAUCAAGUUGACUGCACAAGAAGAGGUUGCUCUUGAGCUCCGUGCCAGCCAGGGUGUACCUGUUGAUGUGAACCAUGGUUUCAGCGUUGAUUUUGUUUGGAAAAGUACAAGUUUUGAUCGGAUGCAGGGUGCAAUGAAAACUUUUGCAGUGGAUGAAACAAGUGUUAGUGGGUACAUAUAUCAUCACUUGCUAGGUCAUGAAGUUGAGGCUCAGGUGGUUCGUAAUACACUACCUCGUCGUUUUGGUGCACCAGGCCUUCCAGAACUUAAUGCAUCUCAGGUUUUUGCUGUAAAGAGUGUACUACAGAAACCAAUUAGUUUAAUACAAGGGCCUCCUGGCACAGGAAAAACUGUUACUUCCGCAGCUAUUGUAUACCACAUGGCUAAACAAGGACAAGGGCAGGUGUUGGUUUGCGCUCCAAGUAAUGUUGCUGUAGAUCAACUUGCUGAAAAGAUCAGUGCAACUGGGUUGAAGGUUGUCAGGCUUUGUGCUAAAUCGAGGGAAGCUGUAAGCUCUCCUGUUGAGCAUUUAACUUUGCACUAUCAGGUCCAACAUCUUGAUACAUCUGAAAAGAGCGAACUUCAUAAGCUGCAGCAACUCAAGGAUGAACAAGGGGAGCUAUCUAGCAGUGAUGAGAAGAAGUACAAAGCCUUGAAAAGGGCAACUGAGAGGGAAAUAUCCCAGAGUGCUGAUGUCAUCUGUUGUACAUGUGUUGGAGCUGGGGAUCCUCGAUUAGCAAAUUUUAGAUUCCGCCAGGUUCUUAUUGAUGAGUCUACCCAGGCAACAGAGCCCGAAUGUCUCAUUCCUUUAGUGCUUGGAGUGAAACAGGUUGUUCUUGUUGGAGACCAUUGUCAACUUGGUCCAGUCAUCAUGUGCAAGAAGGCAGCUCGUGCAGGAUUAGCUCAAUCCCUCUUUGAGCGUCUUGUGCUUCUUGGUGUGAAACCAUUUAGAUUGCAGGUGCAAUACCGUAUGCAUCCAUCCCUUUCAGAGUUUCCUUCUAACAGCUUCUAUGAAGGUACACUUCAAAAUGGAGUGACCAUCAAUGAAAGGCAAUCGUCAGGGAUUGAUUUUCCUUGGCCUGUGCCAAAUCGUCCCAUGUUCUUUUAUGUUCAGAUGGGACAAGAGGAGAUAAGUGCAAGUGGAACUUCAUACUUAAAUAGGACUGAGGCUGCAAAUGUUGAAAAAAUUGUUACUACUUUCUUGAGGAGUGGUGUUGUUCCUAGCCAGAUUGGAGUUAUAACACCAUAUGAAGGGCAGCGAGCCUAUAUAGUGAACUAUAUGUCAAGGAAUGGUGCUCUCAGACAGCAGCUUUACAAGGAAAUUGAGGUUGCUAGUGUGGAUUCCUUUCAGGGAAGAGAGAAAGAUUAUAUUAUUUUGUCCUGUGUUAGGAGUAAUGAGCAUCAGGGCAUAGGAUUCCUUAAUGAUCCGCGCAGGCUCAAUGUUGCUCUUACACGAGCUCGCUAUGGUAUUGUUAUCUUGGGAAAUCCUAAAGUCUUGAGCAAACAGCCAUUGUGGAAUAGUUUAUUGACCCACUACAAGGAACAUGAGUGCCUGGUGGAAGGACCUUUAAAUAAUUUGAAGCAGAGUAUGGUCCAGUUUCAAAAGCCAAAAAAGAUCUACAACGACCGCAGACUUUUCUUUGGUAAUGGCCCAGGGGUUGUGCCAAAUGAUAACUUUGGGUCCAUUGGUUCAUCUAGCUCAAAUUCUGAUAAAAGAGGCAACCGCUCUAAAGGUUCUUAUAUGCCAUUUGGUGCACCCAAUGGAACCCAAAAGCCUGGUGUCCAUCCAGCUGGAUUUCCUGUUCCCCGAAUUCCUCUUCCACCAUUUCCUGGUGGUCCACAUUCACAGCCUUAUGCAAUUCCAACUCGUGGGGCUGUUCAUGGACCAAUUGGAGCUGUUCCACAGGUCCCUCAAGCAGGUAGCAGGGGUUUUGGGGCUGGGCGUGGUAAUGCGGGUGGUCCUAUUGGUGGUCACCUCUCACAUCAGCAAGGUUCCCAACAAAGCAUCGGUGGUCUGGGGUCUACUUUCAAUUUUCCUUCUCUGGACAAUCCGAAUAGCCAGCCUUCAGUUGGUGGUCCAUUAUCUCAAUCUGGACUUAUGACCCAGGUGCCGGUUCAAGGACUAAGCCAGACAUUCCGUGACGGGUUUUCUAUUGGAGGCAUGUCACAGGAUUUCUUGGGUGAUGACUUCAAAAGCCAGGGAUCACAUGUCGCAUACAACACCGCAAACUUCUCCACCCAGGCUUCUCAAAGUGGAUAUGGUGUUGAUUAUGUUACACAAGGAACACAAGGUGGUUUCCCAGGAAGCUUUCUAAACCAGAAUUCACAGGCUGGAUACUCUCAUUUGGGUACUGGAAAUGAUUUCAUAUCUCAGGGUCUAUUUACCCAGGUUGGGUUCAAUGACCCUUCACAAGAUGAUACCUCUCAGGCACACUUUAGUGUGGGUGCUCCUAACCCACUUCAAUCCCAGGACAUGAUGAAUCCUCUUUACUCUCAGUCUUUUACCCAGUACAACACACAGCCACUAAGCCUGCAGGUGCCACAGCAGCAGCAGGGUCAGGGCUCACAGAAUCAGAAGCUCCAUUACAAUGGCUGAGAGGCCAUGAGGCCUUACAGUGUUGGGUUAUGCUCUUUGCAUUCAGCAACUUGGUUGUGCUGACGUGUCUGCCACUUAUCUGCACUUGUGUGUGGAAGAGAUCAUUUUUGAGGUUGUUUGCUUCUCUCCAUAACACUUGUGGUUGGCUUUGGAAUGUGAGUUCAUGAAUGGUCAUGGGUUUUUGACUCCUGAGCAGCAUGGGAAGCACAGCCAAAGCUGAGAAAAGGAUAACCCCAGUUCCCCCUUGAAGUUUUAUGUUGUUUUAAGAGUAAUUAUUCAGAGGAGGGAGCAUCACAUGGCAUAGAUGGUUGAAGGGUUUUGGUCUGGGUUGGUUCAUUGUUCAUUUAGAAAUGGCUGGUUACAGGUGAUCUUAGUAUAUAUACAGGGAAAUGCUGACUGAGACCUCCUGAGGAAGCACCACAUACAUAUUGGCCUCGUCAGCCUCCCACGUCUAACAAAGCACAGCUCCAAUUACAAGUUUUGUACAGCCGCAGGGAGUGGUAGCCUCGUCCUAUGUGCCUAUGUGAUCUGUCGUAUAUAUAUUUUUGCUAACGAUUUCACUCCUCGGAAUGUGAUCAGGAUGAUGACUUUCAGUCUUUAGAGUUGUUAUAUGGGGCAAAGCCACUGCAACCCAAUAGAGUAUGCUGCAUGAUGUUUUGUGGUAAAUAUAACAUGUAAUGUGAUUCUUUUCUUUUGCUGUUCCUACUAAAUUUCUAAGCGGGUGCAAUUACAAUACUCGUUUUGAAAUUGUGGUUCGCAUAGGUCAGGUGGUUUAGGAUAGCGUCAGUCUACGUUUUGUUGCUUUUUACUCCUUUUGGUUGUGGGGUGUUAAAAAUUGGAUACAAUGGAAAGAGAGAUGCACAACGUGUGAACUGCUUUAUUACCCUAUGUAUGAAUGUCACCUUAUUUGUUGCUAA